UUUCUUAUGGCUCGAGAGUUUCUUCUCCCGACCAAAACGACGGCGUUUCGCGAACACCAACGACGCUUUUGGACCUCCGUCGUCCUCCCUCUUCGCUCUAAAACCGAUUCGGAUUUUCCUUUCAAUGCUCGAGGGUUUUGAUCCUUUCACCCUAAGCUCUUCGUAACUCUGAGAAACCCUAAUCUUGUCCUCUGCCCCUUCUCGAUCUCGUCCAUUACCUGGGUUCUCGAUGGAUUCUGCGCCCGAGAUCGUUCCUGCCCGAUCCUCACCUGAUCCUGAUGUCUCCGGCAACCACCACUCUCUCGACGGAGACGCUCCGGCGCCGGAAUUGGAGGAUACUCCAGCGCCAAGGAGAACGCGCCCUUCACGCGCCUGCACUAUUAGGGCACAGCAGCGGAUGCAGGAGCUGCAAGCGGCGGAGAGGAGGCUGAGACCGGCUAAGAAGGCGCAGCAGAGACGGAAUCAGCAACGGCGGAGAGAGGAGGCGGAUGAAGAGGAGGAUCAGGAGGAAGACGAAGGAGAAGAUGGGUCGCCGGGGAAUCAGCAGCAAUGCGGGGGAGGGAGUUCCAGCAAGAUUGUGACGUCUCUGGUUCCGCCGCCGGAGCCGUCGCAGAUUCCUCGGUGGAGCCUCCGCUCGAUGUGGGAACUUGCUUCCGUACUUGAUUUCUUGCAUGUUUUUAGAACGCUUUUGAACAUUAACGUGGAGUUUUCGGCGGAGGAGUUCGAGACUGCUCUGCUUACACCGAAUGAUACUUUAAGCGACAUACACAUUCCACUGUUAAAGGCUAUUCCUCCUGUAACUCGAAUGGCCCUUACACGUGAUACCUGGGUCACUGUCUUGUGCAGGAAAUUAAGAGAUUGGUGGCAUUGGGUCGCAGAAGGGGAUCUUCCUAUUGUUACCUCCCAAGGGCGGGAAGUUGAAGAUUACAAGUCACUUGAUCCAGGAAUCCGUGUGUUGAUAUUGAAAGCUCUUUGUGAUAUUCGUGUUGAGCAAGAGGACAUCAGGGGCUACAUUGAUAACUCUCUUAAAAGUGGCAUUCAUCUCUCAGCUUUCCGCAAAGAACGCGUUGGGGGUGAUUCACAUGGAGUUAAUUUCUGGUAUGAAGAUGAUCCCUUAAUUGGCCAUCGAUUAUACCGUGAAAUAAGGAAAGCCGAGCCAGUAAAGGUGAAAACAAAGGGUUCCAAAGUUGAUCCUAAUAUAACAUACCAAUGGGAAACCGUUGCCACUAAUUUUGACGAAUUUCAAGACGUUUCUGAGAAACUUUUUACAAGUCAAAAUAGAACUGAGGCUUCUUUAGGGAAAAGGUUGAAGAAUGAUAUGCUUCCUGAAAUUGAAAAAGAACAUAAGAGAAAAGAAAGAAUGUUGAAAAAGCAACAUAGACAGGCUCUUCUUCUUGAUAACUUUUUGGUUGUUGAUGGCCUUGGCGCUGGUCGUUCUCUUCGUGAUAGGAAGCCGGUUCGAUACACUUUUGAUGAUUAUGACCGUUCCAUAAAUGAAGCAAUCAAGAUAACCAAGAAGAAACCUCCAUCACCCGAACCUCCUCUUCACAGAAGAGAAUCUACCAGAUUGGACACCACUGUGAACGGCGGAUGGAACAAUUCUACCAACCCUUCUGAGCUCGGAAACGAUACAACAUCCGGGAGAUCUUCAGAUUUUGCUGAUUACAACGAUGUGGAUGAACAUAAGUCUGAAUCGUUGGACAGAAGCAAUCGACGGAGACAACGGCCUCAACGGUAUUCGACUAUGGACUUUGUUGAAACUGUUUCAGACAAUGAGGUAGACUUUGACAGUGACGAUGACAUAGUUGGGGAAGCAAUCUAUGACGAAGAAUAUCUGAGGAAGCGUAAUCAGAGGAAAAAACACUCUAGUGGUUCCGAGGGUGAUGAGGAGUAUAGAUGGGACGAAGACAACAUUGAUGAUGAGGAGGAAGAAGACGAGGAAGAAGAUUCUCUAAGUGUUAGCGAAGAAGAUAGUGAUGAACCCCAGAGGUUUAAGAAAAGGCCGCGGAGAGAAACAAAAUUACGGUCGAGAUCGAAUGAUCUCCAGCCAGGUCUGAGGCGCAGCAAAAGAGCCACGAGGAAUCGGAUUAACUACAAACAAUACGAGCUUUCAGAAUCAGACAACGAAGCAGAAAUGCCUGCAAAAUCUAGCCGGUUGGUGGUAGAACGGGAUGAACACUCUGAUGAAACAGAGAACGGGGAUUUUUCAAUGGGAAGUCAAGAAUCCGAAGAAAAUGGAAAUGACCCAGAAACAAAAGUCGCUGAAGAGCCUAUGGAGGAUAAUGACAAUGCAGACACAACUGAGAAAGAGGGCGACCAGCUUCUUAAUAAACCAAAUGGAUCAGACCAAGAUGAAGUUGAGGGCGGAGGAAAAAGGCAUUACCUUGACCUAAACGAGCUGGCCCCUGUUUCUGGUUUUGAUGAUGGUCCAAAUACAGUAAUGAAGGAUGAUGAUAACACAGACAAUUCAUAAGCACUCAAGGCCUCUCCUUUGUGAAGCUGUGGCUAUAGUUUGCAUUGUACGAUAGUAAAUUCAUUGGGUUUUGUGGGAAAGCCUGUCCCGAGAAUGUUCACGGGCAGUGAACCACGGGACACUCAACACUCAUUGGCUUCUGUUCGAGUGUAUCUACGUUGGUUGUAAGUUAAUCAGCUAAGGAGGGGCAGGCACUAUAUGGCGCCAAAAGGUAUGUAGAUUUAGGUAGUCAUUUUUUUACGGUGUAUACCCUUGAAAGAAAGAAAACUAGGGCGGGUGAACCAGAAAAUUCCUUGGGAGUUAUAUUAUGCUAUCCACUUAGUGUAAAAUUUAACCUUUCUAACUCUGUAUUAACCAGAAAACCUUUCAGCCUCUUAGAUUGGUUAAAACAGUUCAGAUCCUUCUCUAGGGAUCGUUAGCAUUCAGUCAUUGAAGCUUGUCUGCUAAUCAUCGCCUAAACGGAAAAGUUUCGUAUUUUUUCUUCUUGAACU